AUGGCUCAGAGGAAUACCUCAAAUACGCUAACCUUGACUGGUUCAUUCUUGAACGACGAUCGCGAAUCGUGGGUAAUCGGGGUGUACGAGUGGUCUCAGCUGUUCGCCUUCUACAAACUCUGGUCACAGGACUUUGUUUGGGCGAACCACUCCGAUUAUGACCACUUAUCGUUGGUGUCGUUCCGAUUCCGAAUCGGCAUCCAUGACCUCAACACUCCAACCGAUCUGGUGAUGGUGACCGAAGAAGUGCGUCAGCUGGCCGCUCAGCAUCCUGAUCUCGAGAUUUUCACCUACCAAUACAGUCGUGCCAUUGCUGAUCAGCUGAACGUGAUUCUGCAGUCGACUAUCCAGAACGACUCCUUGGCUGUGGUCUGCAUGAUCGUUAUCAGUCUUCUCUUCAUACCCAACCCACUUUGUGCCGUUUGGAUCACCAUCGCCAUCAUCACCAUCGAUGUC